AUGGCUUCAACUGCCCUUGAACUCCUGGGCAUGACCCUGGCUGUGCUGGGCUGGCUGGGCACCCUGGUGUCCUGUGCUCUGCCCCUGUGGAAGGUGACCGCCUUCAUCGGCAACAGCAUCGUGGUGGCCCAGGUGGUGUGGGAGGGGCUGUGGAUGUCCUGCGUGGUGCAGAGCACAGGCCAGAUGCAGUGCAAGGUGUACGACUCCCUUCUGGCGCUGCCCCAGGACCUGCAGGCCGCCCGCGCCCUCUGCGUCGUCGCCCUCCUCUUGGCCCUGCUCGGGCUGCUGAUGGCCAUCACUGGGGCCCAGUGCACCACCUGCGUGGAGGACGAAGGUGCCAAGGCCCGCAUCAUGCUCACCGCAGGGGUCCUCCUCCUCCUCUCGGGGAUCCUGGUGCUCAUCCCCGUCUGCUGGACUGCGCACGCGAUCAUCCAGGACUUCUACAACCCUCUGGUGGCCGAGGCCCUCAAGCGGGAGCUGGGGGCCUCCCUCUACCUGGGCUGGGCCGCUGCUGCCCUGCUCAUGCUGGGGGGGGGCCUCCUCUGCUGCACGUGCCCUCCACCCCAGAUCGACCGGCCCCGAGGACCGAGGCUGGGUUACUCCAUCCCCUCCCGCUCAGGUGCAUCUGGGCUGGACAAGAGGGACUACGUAUGA